ACAAGUACACGUGUGAACGUGCGUGUCCCAAUGUACCAAACGCUCGAAAGUCAAAGGCUCCCGCAACGUGCGUCCGCGCGGUGCCGACGUUGCUAUGUUCAAGUCACGUGCCACGCGUUAACUGUUAUCCACGCCUUUCUACUUUGUUCGCAGGUCUUUCAUGGACAAAUCUUUCAGCGUAUUUAGUGAGCUAUGCCACUAAUUUAUGCCGAUCAGCCUUUUCGCUGCCUUGGGCGCUGUAUAAAAGAGAGGACCACCUGCGUUCUUUAUCGGAUUGUCAUAGUAUUUUCCCCUGCUGGACGUACCCUCCCUGACGCCAGCCCCUUGAAGUUUUCACCAUGACUUCCGACGGUUUGCCUCCUUUUGCGUGCCGUAACUGCCACUCACGCUUUGGAGUAGGCUACGUCCCCCCUCUCACUGUCGACGGACACCUUCAGGCUAGUUCCGCGGUCUCUACUCCGCGUCACACUUCUCUUUCUUUGGAAAUUCCGCAAUUUUUUGGAAACUUCCGUGCUCAAUCUGCCCCUCCUGGCCUCCCGAGUGACCGACGCUUUCGUCCAGCGCCAGCGUCUUCAACACCCGUUGAUGAAUCACCUUUCCCCACGUCAUCCCUCUUGUUCUUUGAGGACACGUCUGUUUCCUUCGCUCCGAAUUUUACUCAACAACGCCUAGUCGAAGUGCAACCCCAGCACAUCCCACGGCCCCCGAACGCUUUCUUGCUUUAUCGUUCUGAUUUCCUGAAGAGACGUACUAUACCACGGGAGGUCGAGAAACGUCAACAAAAUCUGAGCCGCAUUAUUGGCGAAUGUUGGAAUAUGCUAUCCGCAGAAGAAAAGGCAAUCUGGCAUGAGAAAGCCGCAGCGGUGACGGCUGCUCACCAGGCCAAGUACCCCCAUUACAAAUUUAGGCCGACUCGGAGGACCGCAGGAAAGCGGACGGGCAAAAAUAAGCGCAACGGCAACAUUAGUCAACAUCAUGAUAGUUCAGCCGCAGAGACGUUCUCCAACUCUAUUGAAUCCUCCAUAGGCCCAGUGCGUGGACCACCGGCCACUGGAUCUUCUGCAAGGAUGUUUCCGUACGAUGAUGGCAGGUUGACUACUCCGAAGGGGCCCACCAUACCCUCCACGCCGGCCUCACUGGCUUUGUCUCCGCUUUCGCUGGCCACGGUGUUGCCUCCGUUUACGUUGCAAGAUCAGUUGACAAGCGUGAGCCCAUUCUGCGGGAAUGCCCCUCAAAUGCAAACCUAUGAGGGUCAAUCUGCUACGCUGUUCAAUCCGGAGAAUAUGCUGUCGGAGUUGGUGCAAGGCUUGAAUAUUGUGCCAACAACUGACCACAAUUCUGGUAUACUGGGUGAUACUCAACCGCCCUCCGCGUAUUUCCGUCUCAAGCAACAUCAUGUGCCCCAUACCCUGGGCCAAGACUACACGCCAUUGCCAUUGUUGAGAUCGACUGCUUCUCCUCUGCUUCCCUUCGGAGAAAAUGCGGACCCCUUCUUGAGUGCUUGGAAUACUCCAGUGACGUUUAACUGUCCCGGCGACGGGCUAGAUCCUUAUCAUGCGACCCUUCUCUCCUGGUUACCCGAAGGUUCUACCUCUGCUGAGCAGGAAAAUAUUUGCCAGGGACAAGGGAAUCAACAGCUCUAGCUAGCACGCAACGAUCAAAAUGUCUUCAAAUCGAGCGCUUAUGGUUUAUAACGGUCUAGACGAACGUUAUGUCUAAAAGUCUUCCAUGAUUGUAGCCUUAUUCACGGGUUGAUCCCUACUACAAGUUGUAUUCCAGUGUCACGUUCUGUAUCGAAUAUUGUUCGUUAUCA